AUGCCCACUUCGUUCUUCCCGUACCUCUCUCUGGGAGUCGGUUUUGUAUUUCUCAUAGGUGACAAGAACUCAGAUGUCAAACAUCGUGAUGUCCGGUCCUUGUUCAGCAUACUUGAGGGCAGCCAGUCUUCACCUAAGAACAUUCAAGUCCCAGAUCAAGCUGACUCCUCCUUAGUAGAGUCAAAAUUGUUCUGCCAAGGUCCCUGCCAGGAUGGAUGGUUUAGUAACAUGGGCCUGUGUUACAAGUUUGUCCAGGAGCAAAAUACAUGGGCCGGUGCUGAGAGUGUUUGCCAGAGGAUAGCAAGGGGAGGUCACCUCACCAGUAUCUCCAAUGCAGCUCAGAAUGAUUUCCUUGUGAACCUCGCCAGUUAUGAAGACAAAAGGACAACCCAGUUCUGGACAGGAGGAAGUUACCAAAAGGGUACUUCUCUGAGAUGGACUGAUGGAUCACUGCCGAAUUUCAUCCAGAGGCCUCUGAGCUCGAUUUUCAAUGCCAUCAGUGGAGUAUUUAACAGUAUCUUCAACGUACAAAUCUGCCUGACCCUAAAUUUAGGAGUCCAGGGUAUGUGGGAUGGCUGUGACUGCAAUAAGAAGUUAUCAUUCAUCUGCAGUUACAAACCCAAUUUGACUCCGCCUUAG